GCCUCUGGUGUUCGGUGGUCAGAUGAAACCAAGAUGGAGCUUUUUGGGCACAGAGAUGUGGCUUUCAUCUGGAGAAAGAAGGGUGAAGAACACCCUCCCUACUGUUAAACAUGCAGGUGGAAGUAUAAUGCUGUGGGGCUGCUUUUCUGCCAAUGGACCUGGCAGCUUGGUUAAAGUGGAAGGAAUCAUGAGGAAAGAGCAGCACAUCAAGAAAACCUCUAGCAGGCAGCAGAGAACCUGGACCUGGAGGAGCAUUGGACCUGUCAGCAGGACAGUGAUCUGAAGCUGGUGAAGGUGGUGAAGAAAUGGUUCCAGGACCUUUGGAUGGAGCUCAAGAGACGUGAGGCAGCACAGAAGCCCUCCAACUCAAAGAUCUGGAAACAUUUGCAAAGGAGGAAUGGUCCAAAAUUCCAGCUGAUACGUGCGAAUACGAGUAUUGAAACAGGGUAUGAAUUAUUUUGGAGAGUGUGAUUGUUUUGUUUUCACCCUGUUAAAGAUGUUUAUUGACACUUUCUAUCUUAAACAAAUCGCUUCUGGCUUCAGUCUUUGUUGUGUGACCUAUUGAAGUCAAAUCUGAAGUGAUACACUGAUGUGUCACUGAAGUUCCCAUUCGUCCCUUUGGCGAUAUCUAGAGGCGAACAACGGUACUGCAUCUGCUCCUCUUCUCUCAUGCUGCUGAGAAACGCUCUGCCCUGCGGCCUCUUUCUUUGGCUCAAUUAUGACUCACCAGGGUUUUACAGUUGCUCGGGAUACAAAUUGUGUUUUGAUUUUUCAGGCUGAAAUUUGAUUUUUGUCCAAAACUUCAAGGUCUCCAUUCAGUGUGGGAUAACCGCAGGGAUCCUUCACACCAAUAAAACCCAGCUUAAUUCAGCAAACAUUUCUGUCUGUCGGUGGGUGAUUAAGCCGCGCCGAUUGUCCGUCCGCACACACACACAGACACACACACUGACACACACACACACACACACAGAGUGCUGCUGUUGGCUGUGACUGGGGUGCGGUGAGGAGUGAGGGGCUCAGUGCCGCCACAGAGGCCAGAGUUGCAGGCAGGCAGCGACGAGCCCGGGGUGGAUAAACCAUGCGCACUAAGUGGGAGAAAAACUCUGCCCAGGACACAAGAUGAAGGUGGAGAGCAAGAGCUCCUCUUCAGGCCCCAGAUUCACUGACAUUUCCCCACGGCUCACUCUCAUUGGAUUCCUCCUUCUGCUCCUCACAGGUGAAGUGUCGGCCGUCAACAUCACCAGUCAGACUCAGCUGGUGCGGGGCACGGUGGGACGAGAGGCCUUGUUGUCAGUCAGCUACUCCAGCAGCAGCUCCGACAAGCCGGUGAUCAAGUGGCAGCUGAAGCGGGUCAAAGAGAAAUCAAUCACCGUAGUGCAGUCCAUCGGAACCGACGUCAUCGGGAACCUCCGGCCCGAGUACAGAAGCCGAAUCCUGGUCUUUGAGAACGGCUCGCUUCUGCUUCACAAUCUCCAGCUGACGGAUGAAGGCUCGUACGAGGUGGAGAUCUCCAUCACGGACGACACCUUCACUGGAGAGCACAGCAUCGACCUCAGUGUGGAUGUUCCUGUUUCCAAACCCUACAUCCAGAUGGUGGCUUCAUCCGUCCUGGAGUACAGCGAACACUUCCACCUGCACUGCUCCCACGACAACGGCACCAAACCCCUCUACGGUUGGCAGAAGGGCGGCAAGGCGAUGACCAACGACUCCCGCCUCCUGCUGUCGCACGACCAGAAGGUGCUGACCAUCGCCCGCGUGCUGAUGUCAGAUGAUGACGUCUUCACCUGCACGGUGGAGAAUCCCAUCAGCAGCAUGAAGAGCAUGCCUGUACGGCUCACUGUCUACAGACGCAGCUCGCUGUACAUCAUCCUGUCCACCGGGGGCAUAUUCCUCCUCAUCACCUUGGUGACGGUCUGUGCUUGUUGGAAACCCUCCAAAAAAAAGCACAAGCCCGUCCCCCAAAGAGCUCCCAUCUACGUGGAGCAGAGUGAAAAUGGACGCGACGUUGAUGUCGUUCCCAAACCAUCCACCCUCGGCCGGAGGAGCCCCAUGCCUCUGUACGUCCUCACUGAAGAUGAGACUCUGGAGCAUCUGGAGGAGUCUUCAGACAACACCUUCAGCCAUUCAGAGACUCUGCCGGCUGCCUACGCCCCGGUGCUGCCGCCCGCCACCAACAGAACUGAUCGGCCUAUCUGGUCCCCCCCGCGCCGCUAUCCUCGCAGCUCCUCUCCACUGGCCCAGUCCCUGCCCCAGAUUUCCACCGGCUCAUCUGUGCUGUCCGUCCGGUCCCCAUCUCACUCUCCUUGUUCGUCCCCACGCGGCUUCAGUCCAGUGAGAAAGAUCCGGCCUCCAGCAGGGAUCCCGACCAGCCACCUGCCCGUGGAGCCCGAAGGCCCCGUCGAUCAGACCCCGGCACAGUGACGACAG